UUCCACGCUUUCUUCGCGCAGAGGAUACCCCCACCUCGCCAGCUCUCUCUCUCUCUCUCUCUCUCCCUCCUCACUCUACAGUCUAUAAUUCCAUCGUCUUUUCAAAUUCAACCUUUUGUAUUCUCGCGGAACAAAGCGCUGCUUGGGUUCCUUCGUCACUCCAAAGAAAUCAGAAUCUAGGAGAAGAAUUUUCAUUUUCGAAAGGAGAAGAAGCCGAAAUGGGGUCGCAGGCGUACUUGGACAAGAUGCAGCUGCGCCAGAAUUACCGAAACCUGUGGCACACCGAUCUCAUGCGCACCAUUCAACAGGAUCCUCCCUAUUGUUGCUUGGCGCUUUGGUGUGGACCCUGUGUCUCAUAUAUGCUUCGCAAAAGAGCGCUUUACAAUGACAUGUCCAGGUAUGUCUGCUGUGCUGGAUAUAUGCCUUGCAGUGGUCGGUGUGGUGAAAGUCGCUGUCCUGAAUUUUGCCUUGCAACUGAGGUUUUCCUAUGCUUUGCAAAUUCUGUAGCUUCGACGCGGUUCAUGCUGCAAGAUGAAUUCAACAUACAGACAACGCAGUGUGAUAAUUGCAUUAUCGGUUUCAUGUUCUGUCUCCAACAAAUUGCUUGCAUUUUUUCGAUUGUUGCUAUGAUUGUUGGAAGUGAUGAAAUUUCAGAGGCUUCUCAGAUUCUUUCGUGCUUGUCUGAUUUGGUAUAUUGCUCGGUGUGCGCUUGUAUGCAGACACAACACAAGAUUGAAAUGGACAAGCGAGAUGGUAAGUUUGGCCCACAGCCCGCGAUGGCAGUGCCAGCUGUGCAGCAAAUGUCGCGCCUCGAUCAGCCAUACCCCCCUACUGUUGGAUAUCCUCCUCCUGCAUACGGUGGCCAGCCAACUUAUCCUCCUGCGUAUGGGCAGCCAAAUUAUCCUCCUCAGGGUGCUGGCUAUCCUCCACCUGCUGGCUAUCCUCCUGCUGGGUAUCCCCCUGCUGGCUAUCAGAGGUGAUCUAUCCAGCCUAUGAUGCAUUGGCACAACAAAUUCAGGACGGAGUUUGCUUAGUUGUGUUCCCGUGGAUAGUUUCUGCUGCAUUUCAACAGAGGUUCGAGUACAUGAUGAGGGUAUGAUGGAAUGUGCAUGUUUGUGAAAAUCUGGUUGUUUAUUACAGACUACAAUUGUUUGGUACAAAAUGUUUGACCUUAUCCUUAAGAUACAGCGUGAGUCACUGUGUCAUACCAUUUUAUCUUUUAUGUGAGGCCGCAUUCAAUCUCCGAACCACUGAGGUUGCAGGUGGUUCCAACCCAUAUACUAUCUCAACAUUUUUUUCUAUAUUCUGUUAGACUUGCUCUCUAUUGACGCAUUUGUUUAUCACUGGGGAUGAUACUCUAUUUAUUAAAUUUAUUUUUUAA